UGGCCGUGUCAGCUUUGCUGUUUCCUAUAUUUUUCUACAUCAUUAUCAAACGUCGCACUUCGCCAUGGAUGAGGACGUGGACAUGGAUGCGCCUCAGAUUUCAACACUCAGGGAAGAGGUUACGCCCCCACCUCCUCAGCGUACGGGUAUUCGUGUCAAGCUCGUCGUAGGCAAGAAAAGCGCGGGUCCGACUGUUACGGUACCAUCGAAACGGUCGCACACAGAAGACGAAGCUGACGAAGAUGAAGACCAAGAAGACCAGCUCAUCGAUGAUGAUGACGACGUCAGCGCUAAACCAUCAAAAGUGCCCGCGCGCCCCGUAGAAGCGACGCCUAAGCGCAAGGCUCCGGUGAAGAGAAAGGCGAAGAAGACAGAGAAAAAGAGCUCAGAGGAGAAGCAGGAAAAACCGAUACCCCCGCCUCCAGCGUCUUCGUUGCCAGAGGAAGGAUUUGACCCAAAUCACAUAUCUUUGACUGUCGCCCCUCCAGUAGAGCCAGCACCUGCUCCUGCCAAGGUAGUGAAGAAGAAACCUGCAGCGAAGAAGGCCCCUGCGAAACCAAAAGUUACUAAACCACCAAAGGCGAAGAAUGUCCUGCCUCAACUUGCUGACGAUGCCAGUGUGCUGAGCGAAGGGGGGUUUACCGGCACUGCUGCUUCAUCACCCGUAACAACUCAUUUCGCCAAUAGUCCUGAGCCAGAACUUGGCGAUGCGCCUGCCGAAGAAAUCAACAUCGAGGCCCUCCUUCUCCCAGUAUACCCGCUUCCGACAAAACCAUUCCCUGUCCAACCUCCUCCCAAAAUUAGUUCCGGGUUUGCUCCUGUCAUGCCGCUGGACAGAAGCGGCAAAAAAGUGCGGUGUUGGCGUGUAGCCAACAGAGAAAUUCGAGGAAUUGCUGGAGGUCGCUGGUUUGCCCACGCAUGGGUCGGGGAAAAAGAUUCGGAAUACUCUGGUUCCAAAGCCGGCGAAGGCGCGUUGACUAUUCCGAAGCUACCGGCCAUGCUUUCGGCAUCAGGAAAGGGUAAAGGAAAAGUCAAUAAAGCACUUUCUUUGACAGGAACUUCGCGGUCAGGAUCACUUGUUCCUGAGGGGCCAACUCUUCCCGGAGUCCGUAAUCUCACAAAGAUGCGGAAUAGCAUGCAGUUCCCGCCACCGCCAUCUUCCGAAGCGGGAGAUUCUGAUAUGAUGGGGCCAAGCUGAUGGCCUGUUACCAUGUUUAUAGUAUCACGUAUAUAUUUUCGUACAGCUAGCUAUUCAUUCGUUCCGGGGACUGUCGUUACCUUGUUAUCUAUGCACUAUAUAAUUUAUUACAGACUACUACUAUUACUAUCUCUGCAUGACGUCGCGGCGCAGUUAGUUUGAGGUCACGGUGUGACGGUAAUCGACUUUUGCUUUUGCUAGUUUCU